ACACUAGAGACAUUAUGCCAGCGAACAGGGCUCAUAUCCCAACUCCUAAUGUUGCAAAUUCAUGGCCACAUUUGACACAGAUCGCGACAAAGCUUAUGCCCUUAAACGCUUGUGAAGUAGGAUUGUUGAUAGGGUAUAACUGCCCCCAAGCAUUGAUGCCAAAAGAAAUUAUUCCACCAGAUGGACAAUGUCCAUUUGGCCAGAGAACAGACUUGGGUUGGUCAAUCGUUGGUAUUGUCAGUCAAGGUUACGUUGAAGCUGAUGCCGUCGGUCUCAGUCAUCGUAUCGUCGCAUAUGAAGUUCCUUCCGUCCGUGCGUUACCUGAAAACUAUUGCGUUAAGUCUGUCUUGUUUUCAGUAAGAACUUCUGUGAAAGAGAUCAUUAGCAGUGAUGUUUUGAACUUGCUUGAACGUGACUUUCGCGACAGUCCGGAAACCAAUUUGUCCUACUCCCAAGAAGACUUGCAGUUUCUUUCAAUUCUAGAAGAUGGCAUUGCAUACAAACAGGGUCAUUACGAAAUGCCAUUGCCGUUUAGAAGCCCAAGUCCAGUUCUUCCUAACAACCGAGCUCUAGCACUUAGCCGCCUAAGGCACCUUCAGAGACGGUUACAAACCAACGAGAGAUUUCGAUACCAUUAUAGUCAGUUCAUGGAAGACCUCAUGGUCAAGGGUCAUGCAGAGAAGGUCGUAGACACCCCAUCUCAUAAUGGUACGAUUUGGUAUAUCCCACAUCAUGGUGUGUACAAUGUUCACAAACCAGACAAGAUUCGAGUUGUAUUUGAUUGUAGUUCAGUUUAUCAAGGUCAUAGUCUCAACCAGCACUUGCUCCAAGGCCCGGACCUGACAAAUAAGCUAGUUGGUGUUAUAUGUCGAUUUAGAAAGGAGCCGGUCGCUAUCUUAUGUGAUAUAGAGCAGAUGUUUUAUCAGUUUAAGGUUUCAAGUGAAUGCCGAGACUACCUUAGGUUUUUGUGGUGGGAUUCGAAUGAUUAUUCCCAGGAGCCAGUUGAUUUUCGCAUGACAGUGCAUCUUUUUGGUGCAACAUCCUCACCAGGCUGUGCCAAUUUUGGUUUAAAAAGGAUUGCGCUUGAUAAUGAGGGAUUGUUUGGUAGUGCUGCUGCUGAUUUCAUUCAGAGUGAUUUUUAUGUUGAUGACGGUGUGAAGUCUCUGGCAACAGUUCGCGAAGCCAUCAGCCUUAUAGAAGCCAUAAAGUCCAUGUGCAGUAAGGGUGGCCUAAGACUCCAUAAAUUUGUUUCAAACAAGAAAGAGGUUAUACAGUCUCUUGCCCCAGAAGAUAGAGCCAAGGACUUGGUAAACAUUGAUCUAGUUCGUGACAAAUUGCCCAUAGAGAGGGCAUUGGGUGUGUCAUGGUGUAUAGAAUCUGACACCUUUCAAUUCCACAUAGCUCUUAAAGAUCGUCCCCUCACCAGACGUGGUAUCUUGUCUUCAGUAAGUUGUCUUUAUGAUCCAUUGGGUCUUAUUGCGCCGGUAAUACUUCUGGGUAAGCAAAUACUGCAGCAGAUGUGUGCCAGCAAGGCUGGAUGGGAUGAUCCUUUGCCAGAACAGUUGCAUGCAAAAUGGCAACGGUGGUGGCAAGGUCUCCACAGUCUUGCUAGUCUGAAAAUUAAUAGGUGUGUGAACCCUGAAAGCUUUGGUGAAGUAUCACGAGUAGAAUUGCACCAUUUCUCAGAUGCGAGUUCUGUUGGAUACGGUCAGUGUUCCUACAUCCGUUUGGUAAAUCAUGAGAAUACGGUUCACUGUGCUUUGUUAAUGGGGAAAUCAAGGGUGAUACCUCUUAAACCCAUAACCAUUCCCAGAUUAGAACUGGUUGCUGCUGUGCUUUCAGUAAAAAUAGGGAAUUUGUUGCAGCAAGAGUUGCGAUAUGAAGACAUUACCCAUGUAUAUUGAACGGACAGUAAGGUCGUAAUAGGCUACAUCUCUAACGAAGCUCGUCGGUUCCAUGUAUUUGUAGCCAACAGAGUACAGCAGAUUCGGGACCAUACUCAGUCGUCGCAAUGGCAUUAUAUUGGCACUGAAGUGAAUACCGCAGAUAUUGCUUCAAGAGGGCUUUACGCAAAUGAAUUAGUAGGUAACGAACUUUGGUUCAAAGGCCCCUCAUUUCUGUGGGAACAGAAUUUGACGUUGAAUGAGAACGAAAACACAACUCUUGACACUGACGAUCCUGAGAUUAAGAAGACCCAAAGUUUCCUAGUAAGUGAAGCAAAAUCAUGUCAGUCGUUACCAUCUCUCUUAGAACGUCUUCAUUAUUUUUCUGACUGGCUGCGUGCAAAACGAGCUAUCGCAAAUUGUCUGCGGCUAAAGGCCAAACUACUCAAAAGGCCUAUUACAGGGUCUACUGCUAACCAUGACAUAUCAUUACCCAUUUCUCCACAACAGCCCCUUAGUGUUGAGGAAUUGCGCCAGUCUGAACUGAUUAUAUGUAAGAUUGCUCAGAGGGCUAGUUUAAGGAGGAAAUUGACCAACUUGAGUCGCAUGGUAUAGAUAAUGCCCCAUUAAGUAGGCAAGAAGUUACAGUACGUCAUCGACUUCUGAAGUCCAGUUCUCAGUUGAGUCGUUUAGAUCCCUUUUUGGAUUGUGGUGGUUUUAUAAGAGUUGGUGGGCGUCUUCAAAACAUGAAUGGCUCUAGUUCAUUCAAACAUCCCAUUGUGUUGCCCAAUAAAGGCCAUAUAACAGAUUUAAUUGUUCGACACUUUCAUGAAAGGUGUUUGCACCAAGGUCGUGGUAUGACCACAAAUGAGAUCCGUCAGAACGGAUUCUGGAUAAUUGGUUGCAGUGGUGUUGUUUCUUCUAUGCUCUCUAAAUGUCGCGUUUGCAGAAAACUUCGCGCAGUAUCACAAUAUCAAAAAAUGUCCGACUUACCUGAAGAAAGAUUAGAACCUUCUCCGCCAUUUAGCUACUGUGCUGUGGACCUAUUAGGACCAUUUAUCAUCAAAGAAGGUUUAAAGGAAUUGAAAAGAUAUGAGGUUUUGUUCACAUGUAUGGCUUGUCGAGCGGUCCAUGUUGAAACUGUUAAUUCGCUAGAGACUGAUUCUUUCAUCAACUGUUUACGUAGGUUUAUCUCGUUGCGUGGUCCAAUCAGACAGCUUAGAUCCGAAAAAGGGACCAACUUUGUUGGCACUGAGAACGAGUUUAAUCAAGAGGUCCUUAAUUUAGACAAUGAUAGAAUUCAGAAAUUUCUUCUCGAACAAGAUUGUGACUUCUUUCCGUUCAAAAUGAAUGUGCCCACAGCAAGUCAUAUGGGUGGCGUUUGGGAACGCCAAAUCAGGUCAGUUCGCUCCGUUUUGAUGUAUCUUUUAGAAAGCCAUGGUUCACAACUUGAUGACGAAAGUUUAAGAACAUUCCUACAUGAGGCUUCUGCCAUAAUCAAUUGCAGGCCGCUCACAGUUGAAAACAUACACGAUCCACAUUCCACUACACCUUUAACUCCCAACCUCUUACCUACCUAAAAAUCAAAGGUCAUUCUUCCGCCGCCAGGAAACUUCCAAAGAGAAGACUUGUAUUGUCGUAAACGUUGGCGCAGAACACAGUAUUUGGUAGAUCAGUUUUGGUCUCGUUGGAAGCUUGAAUUUUUGCAGAAUCUUCAGGUAAGAAAUAAAUGGCAAUUUCCAAAGCGCAACAUGUGUACAGGAGAUAUUGUAAUCCUCAAGGAGGAUAGUAAGCCUCGGAAUCAAUGGAGGUUAGCUAGGAUAGUUGAAACCGUGAAGGAUCAAGAUGGUCUGGUAAGGAAAACACGAAUUGCUUUGGCGGAUUCAUCGCUUGAUAGUAAAGGUAAGCGAGUAAAUGCUGUAACCUAUCUGGACAGACCUAUUCACAAGUUGAUCCUGCUACACGAGACCGAGGAAUCCCCGUCGGAGAGCCUGAAUGCAGAGAUGAUUUAAUUUAAUAUAAUGUAUUUUGAAGGCACAAUUAAUUUUAUAACAUUAACUUUGUAAAUUACUUAUCAUAAUUUAAGGGAGCCAUGUGACUGUCGCUUACGAUAUUAACUAGGUACGAAUCAGUUCUAGAACGAAACGUAGAUUGUGAUAGCCAUUAGUAACCUCCCUUUUUACUUUACGCGCCAUUACGAAUACGUUUAAGAUACGCUUAACAUUUGUGUCAAAUCGUUCGUUCGUGGACACAUUAUUCAGGCCCAAAGAGUUUCGACGUAGAAUGUUAGAGUCUGUAGACUUGUAAAAGACAGAUUGUACACAAAGGCAGAAAUUAAACAUUUAAAGCAUU